AGUUGUAAAUGCAGUUUAAGUGGUGAUAUAAACAUAUCACUCACAAGUGUACAUGACCCGGAAAUGCCUGUCAUAAGACUACCAUAAAGGUUAACACGUCAAGCCACAAAAACCGCAGAUGCGACGUUGCAGGAAACCUUAUUUAAACCUUUACUGUAUAUUUCCUGCAUAAUCAAUAUCACGCCAUAUUAGCAUAUAGCAUACAGUACAGUAUUAGCCUGCGACUAGGCGCAAUUUAUCGUAACACAUCCCUGACAUUUUCACUUCUCCAUUUGUUUCUUCCGGCUGAGAAGAAACUGUUUAUAUCGAGCCCCAACUUAACCCAUUUUCUCUGUAGAAGUGCACUACACAGGGCACAACAACAUGGCGUGGGCGCCCUACGUAGCCAACUAUGUUUACCUCAGGACGGCAUUUGGGAUUCGUCCUCAGUGGAAGUGUGAAGGAAGAUGACUGUAUGUGACCGACAUUAUUGUCGUUAUGGACUGGAGAAUCGCUUUUCUUUUAAUCGAGGUGUUCAUAAAAGACUGCGUAUGUUCGAUUGAAUUAUCUUCACAAAAUGUUAAAGUCAAAUCUUCGGUGUUAUCCUGGAAUCAUCCAAAAGACUACACUAACAUCACGUAUGCUGUUCAGUACAACACGACGCUCAGUGAAUGGCAUGAAGUGUACAGAGGAACUCAGCAUCAGUUCAACUUCUCGGCAAAGGCAGAUGAUUUCUAUGGGAAGAGAUUUCGCGUGCGAUCAGAAAGAGGAAACCAAACGUCCGCCUGGGUGACGUCAAAGCUGGUUCAGUGUGUUCACAUUCACACGUGUGCUCCUUUAAUAGAGCUGAAGGUGGAGACAGACAAGGUACACCUGUGGAUGAAACACAGAGACGAGAGUCUGAAGAAGGAGAAAGGUGGACACAUCGAGUUCAGACUUCUGUACUGGAAGAGAAAUGGCUCUAAUAAUAAAGAGGAGCUCUGGAAGCCCUUUGUCAAUUCCGUCCACCUCAUCCUUGAUGACCUGGAGUCAAGAGAGGAAUAUUGCUUCCAGGCAGAGUAUUGGUAUCUCAACAAGCCCUAUGGACAGCCCAGUCAGGAAAUAUGUACAGUUAUCCUUGAAACAUCCUUUCGGCGAAACCUGCGUGUUAUCAUGCUCGGUUUGCUAACAAUAGGGGCGCUGGCCUUCCUGGGAGGUUGCCUGUAUUUUGUUCACAAACAUCACAAAAGGAUUAAAGCACUGUUUCAGCCUCCUCUGGACAUCCCUGCGCAUUAUGAAGAGUUCUUUUUCACCGAAUUCCCUGAGCGUCCAGCCACUCAUCCUGCUAGCCAAGUGGCUGAGUUAUGUGACAUCGUAGCUUUGGUGGAGGAUGUUGCAGAAGGCGAGGACAGAAGAGCGAACACAGCAUUCUCUCCUGAUGGACUUGUGAGGAAUGAGAACUUUUGAUACUUUAUAUUUUUCUACAUUGACUUGAUGCAAUAUUGUCCUCUUGCUUACCUUCUGUGAUUUUUUUCGCGCAUGAAAAAUGCAUUUUUCCAACUUCUGAACAGUCAUGUUAUUGAAACAAGCCAACCUCAUGACCACGGAGAUUAAUCUGCUUUGUUGGUUGUUACAUUUACGUCAAAUAAUUAGAGAAAGCGACAGAAUCCUGACGAACUGUUAUUUACUGGUAGCUUGUAACUUUAUUUUAAGUGUGUGUGUGUGUGUGUGUGUGUGUGUGUGUGUGUGUGUGAGAGAGAGAGAGAGUGAGGGACGAAGUUAGGGGGGACUAGGAGGUUCAAAGGUGCACUUUGACACUUUAAACUUCAAUAAUGUCAACUUUAGAUGAGUACUAGAAUUUUUCAGCUCAGCCUGAGGUGUUUACUUGGUCAGAGAUUGAUUGAGCUUCCAACAGGAUCAUUCUUUCAAAUCAACCCGCUCAUUUUUUUUUUUUUGGUGAUCUGUACAUCUUGUUUACAUUUGUUUCUUAAUUAACAAUACAAAAAACACACAUUAGUACAGGUUAUUGUUUUCAUAUACAUACAAUUCUUUGUUUUCAAAAAAGAAGUGAAUAUUUCUGGAGAUAUGUAUCUAUCAAUCUGUGUAACUCUGGGGCAUGUAAACGGUAUGAUAAAAUAAUAAUAUGAUAAUAACAACCUAAUGAUCAAUUCUGUAUGUUCCAGAUUCUGCUUACACUUUACAAAUCAACACUAUUUAGUCAAAUUCAUUUAAUUAUGUGGUUAGAAAACUUAGAACAAUAGACGAGAAGACUAACGUAAACGUAGACUUGCACAUGGAUUUCUUUUUAGAUGGAAUAUGAUUUUAAUUUAUUUUUAUGUUGUUUAUGCACUUAAAGUGUCCUUGAAGUCUCAAUCAAAAACAUUCUCACGCUUGUUCAUUAGGUUUUUGUGAAACCCAGUCAUUAUAUAUUAUUGGACUUAAUAAAAGUAAAUAAAUAAAGCAACACAAACUCAUACAUAAACUUCUGCCUUUCAGCCUUUACCCUGAUCAGUCAUUUUGUGCUCUUAGCUGCACACCUUAUAUGGAGUUUGGUGGGCGUCACUGCAUGUACAGUAAAUGAGCUGUGUGCUUUAUGUUUACAUUGUGCAGCACUUUGUUCAGACCUUUUGAAACUAAUUUACAAGUGUUCUUUACUUGUAUAGUAGAAAAGACUAUAAUUAUUCAGAUUUGACAGACUUCAACUCACUGUACACUAAAAGAGAUUUCAUGUAGAACGGGUCAUGGCCCAUCCUGAAACUGCUCAAUUUCCUUCACUAAAUAUUCAGUGCUUCAACUGUUGAGUCCUUGAGCAAGGUCUUUAACUCUCUCUCUGCUCCAGGGUCUCGCUGCCCUGUGCUCUGACCUAAAAAGAAAAUGUUAACUUUUCAUUGUGCAAUGUAUAUGUGACAAAUAAAACAUACAUAAAUUUUGCCUUUAUUUUAUAGCAGUGUUUUACUUCAGUGCUGCUUCAGGUACUGAGACAAAAAAUAAUAUUUAAAACAACCACCAAAUGUAUAUAGAUCUAUGUUUUGGGGAACAGAAAGACAAAAAACUUUUGACUUGCCCUUGAGCUAUGAGUGCAAAUUCAUUAUUAUUGUUGUUUUUUUAAUUACCUACUGCAUGUGUUUUAGUUUUCUCAAUUGAAAUAUCUGUUACUUGAUCUAGAGCUUUAUUUACCAGCUGUAUGUGUUGAUCUGUAUUUUUUAAGGAUGUGUUGCUGCAUUCUACAAUGGAUUUUUAUGUCUUUUCUCCAUCUUUUUUACACACCAUCCCAACAGCAAUUAUGAUUUUGCUGUAAAUAAUACGAAUGUGAAUCUAUAGAUCUUCAUGUCACUCUGUACUUUAAUAAAAAAAAAGUUUUUUGACUAGA